UAUAGAACCAUAGCUUAGCUUAGAUUUUUGGAAUUAUAGCAGAAAAUUAUACGUAUUAUUAAGUUUUCCAGCAAUUUAGAAAUGUCGUUCGCAACGCUGAGUAACACAUUGGAUGAUUGCUCGGCGAUUUCGACUCUAAACGUAACAAAGAAUCCAUUCGACAGCGCGCAAGAUGGACGAUUAAACUUACCGGCUUUGAGUGCAAGUCCUUCGAUUUUUUUACAACAGGACACGCCUGGAAGCCAAAAGAAGAAAGGCUUUCGUUGGUCAAUAGAUCAAAUAUCAAAACUGAAUCCAGCUGACAUUGAUGAAUUUCCACAUCAAGAGUACAGCAGCACAUGUGACAGACCCGAAGAUGAGGAAAAAGUACAAGAGGCCAUAAAUGAGUAUUUUUCUCAUGGUACAAUCUUGCCGUCACCAUGGACACCAGAAAAUCACGUAAAACAUGUGACAUUUUCACCACACCCCCCUUCCACAACAUAUAUCAGCGGCGAUGAAGAAAGUUUGACUGAAGCAUCCCACAUCUCAUCACCUCCAGACUCUCCUGACAGAAAAAAUUCCAUUGAUGUAUGUUGUCAAACAGCUUUAACCUUCCCGCCUUCCUUCGACCUUAGCAAGAUCGUUGAUUCAGGGUUCUAUUCGUACGUUGAAGAGGAGGGAAACUCCGUCUCGAAAGAUUUGAAUGUGUCAUCAUUGAGACGUAAACUCUUCAGCCCUGAGGAACACCGCUCGCCGAUGACGUCAAAUGACCGCAAGCUACCAGGCCCCCGCGUUACGAGGUCUAUUCUUAAAAGCCCGAGUCCUUUAAAUUUGCUAACGUCAAGUCCAGUGCAGCACAGGAAUGUCAAGAUCAGUCCAGACUCCAACUCACCGCUGUCCAAAGACGCCAGCAGUCCGACAUCUCAGAGCCCAGCAGUUUCUCCUAUCAAAGCACCUGCUACAACGCCUGAUAAAGAUGGUUCACACGGUAUGUCACGUUUGACACUCGAUGGAACACUCUCCAACGAUGACGUAUUCAGCAAUGACGUACUUGAGUCCUCCAAUGUUGACAUUGAUUUAAAAUUGAUUCCAGAUGUCUCGCCUAUCAAACUAGCAAACACCUCUGGCUUAAACCAUGCGCGCGAAAAGCUUGAGGAUGAUGGGCCAAUGAAAUUGUCCGAACUUAGUCACGUGAGCAUGGAAUUCGAGAACGGAGAGGGAAAUCUAAGUUCAAUAGAAAUGGACAUUGCCGAGCCUCAACCGCCGAUCUCUACUCAACAUCAUACUUCAGAUGGCGAUGAGGGACAUUCAAGAAAUGAACCACGAAAAUCCGGUUCAUCGCUUGAUGAAAUACGUUACGUUAUAAGUGACGACAUAAUGGCUCAUGACGUGAGAAACGGUGACGUCAGCAACGGUGACGUAAUGACUGAUGCCGUUGUUCAAAGUUAUGGUGCUUUUCGUAGUAAUUUGAGCAACAGUGUUACUACAGAUGGUGUUACUGCAGGUGGAUCAGGUAAGCCUGACUGGGAAUACAUGAAAGAGAAUAUGGAAGUGAACAGAGAUGUACCUAGAGAUAAUCACGGUGACGACGCCUUGGUACAGCGAGCAUGCGCGGCAAUGAAGCGUGCUGAUAGACUGGUGCGAGAGUCGUGCUUGGAGCAAGGCUUGGAUGUGAAGGAGAAAAUUGGCACUAGUAUGGAGUUUCUAAAUAUUAGUCGUUUAGACAAGCCUUGGAAUCACAUGGACAAAGACCAUAGUCACGCGAACAAAAUACAAAAUCACGUGGGCAAACAUUAUAAUCUCGUGGACAAAACCCGAUAUCACGUGGACAAAGCUUCACUGUGGCAUCAUCCUAUAGAUAUGUCGACGCCUCUUGUGAACGAUAAAUUUAAAAACAAACCUCACCAGGCUGACUCGCAUGCGAGAAGGCCAUUGCUCGACACAGAUUCCUAUAAUAACAUGUUGAGCUCGUUUGCAAACUCCAAACUGGGCCCGCAGAAGUAUUUGUCAGCGGGCGAGAAUUUGAGUCAGGCCGAGGGGCCUGCUGGUCAUUCUACGGACCGAGUGAGGCAUGGAUCGAGAACGAAAAGAAGUCUGUCUAAUAUAGGAAACAGUGGGACGCACAAUUUAUCCCGUGAUACGUACGCAUCUGGUCGUAAUGGCAGCGGUUCAAUCGGGAAACGAUUUUCUUGGCCUCCUUGGCAAACUUCGAGGUCCCGUUACCGCUUCUUGAGUGAGCGUUGUAGUUCUCCCACGUUCUCUUCCGGGGUGCGUCGGAGAUCUGCCGACGAGUGGCCGAGAUUGCGCAGAUCCACCACAUCCGAAGAUUUGAGAAGAUAUUCUCGGUCUCAAAAUCGCUCACAGAGAAGCAGAAUAUUUAAGCGUAUUUCACCUUGAUUCAGGGCGUAAUUUUCGCAUAUAUAGGAUUAUUAUAGAUUUGGAGUAGAGGAGAAUAGAGCAUGCUGCUAUAAUUUAUUCUUUAUUUUAUUCCAUUUUAUUUUCAUCCGAUUUACGCCUAAAGGUCGGUAUAUUAAAGAUGUGUAUAUAUAAUGUAUCUUUGUAAAAAAAAUUUAACGGCAUUCUACCUUUCUCACAAUGACGUCAAACGCAGAGCCAGAUGUUCCAUCAAUUAUGAUUGGCUCGUUAAUUUUGGAGAGCCAAUCAAACUUCAUGUGACCUUGGCAUCCCGUGUUUAACGCCAUUACGAGAAAGGUCUAUUCUACAUAACUUAAUUGUAGAAAACAAAUAGAUAUUUUCACCGCAAACGUAACCACAAAACAAAUAUAUAUAAAGUAGACAAACACUGGCAUAUAUAGUUGUUAUGCUUUAUACUCU